UGUUUUAUAUGAGCACUUCAACUGCGGUGGAAGAUUGCUCUUUAAUGGUCGUAUUUAUGAUCAAAAGUGUACAUACACGUGUAAAUAAUCAAUCAAUCAAUGUUUACUCAUAUAGCCCUAAAGGCCUACUGAAAUGAGAUUUUCUUAUUCAAACGGGGUUAGCAGGUCCAUUCUUUGUCUCAUACUUGAUCAUUUCGUGAUAUUGCCAUAUUUUUGCUGAAAGGAUUUAGUAGAUAACAUCGGCGAUAAAGUUCGCAACUUUUGGUCGCUAAUAAAAAAAAGCAUUGCCUGUACCGGAAGUAGCAAACAAUGUGCACGUGACGUCACGGGUUGUGGAGCUCCUCACAUCUGAACAUUGUUUACAAUCGUAGCCACCAGCAGGUAGAGCGAUUCGGACCGAGAAAGUGACGAUUUCCCCAUGUAUUUGAGCGAGGAUGAGAGAUUCGUGGAUGAAUAAAAGUGAGAGUGAAAGACUAGAAGAAAAAAAAAAUAGACUAUACAGUGGAAGCGAUCCAGAUGUUAUUAGACAAAUUUACUAGGAUAAUUCUGGAAAAUCUCUUAUCUGCUUAUUGUGUUACUAGUGUUUUAGUGAGAUUAUAUGGUCGUACCUGAACAACCUGAAGGUUGGCCCCGCACCUUUCUUCAGCACCAGUCGAUGGGUGGUGGCGAUGCCCAUCUCAGCCCUUCCCAGGGGUUCCCUCUUCGAAACACAAUCUUCCGAAAUGAUCGCUGCAUAAUACACUGUACUUAGUGUGUGUGGUCUAAUCCAACCGUGUUCGUUUGAACGCUCUGUUCCUUAGUAAAACUUCACCGUCAAUGUAAACAAUGAAACAGGCGGCCGCAAUACACCGCUUCCCACCUACAGCUUUCUUCUUUGACGUCUCCAUUAUUCAUUGAACAAAUUGCAAAAGAUUCAGCAAUACAGAUGUCCCUAAUACUGUGGAAUUAUGCGAUGAAAAGACACAACUUAUAGCUGUGAACGGUUCCGGAACAAAAUGUCCUCUACAAUCAUACCGCAACGUUUUAGCAUGAUACUUCCACGCGAAAUUUAAAAUUGCAAUUAAAUAAACUAAACCGGCCGCAUUGGCAUGUGUUGCAAUGUUAACAUUUCAUCAUUGAUAUAUAAACUAUCAGACUGCGUGGUCGGUCGUAGUGGGUUUCAGUAGGCCUUUAAAGUGCAAAUGAAAAGACAGCUUUUAGUCAUAAGUUUUGCGCUUAAGAAAUUAGAACUUCUUUCAUAUUGUCAUUACUGCCACAAGUGGUGUAUUAUUAUACAGACUACAGCUGAAAAACACAUAUAUUACAUUCUAUGGUUAAACACUGGUAUACAGUAUAUGCCCUCAACAUGCCGGAGACCAUCUCGUGGCAAAGAAAUACACCUAGGGCCCCCGCUACUUCAGUUUUAUAUCACGGUGGAGGCUCGUCUUUGCAGGUAAUGGAAGAUUUCUCUGGUUUGGCCCUCCCUCCUCUAUUUGGGGGUCACAUCCUGGAAGCAGAACUGGAGCCUGGUGGUGUGGAACUAGGACCCGGAGAGGUGGAAUUGGGACCAAGGAGCAGUGAGCUGCUGGAGAGCGUUACCCAAGAGGACGAGGGGAGACGAGUGCUUGAUAAGAGGAAAUACCUGACUCUGAACAGACGAUGCAAAGAGAUUGAACAGGUGAAUCAGAAGAUCCUUGGUCGCCUUCAUCAAGUCCAAAGACUGACACGACGGUUGAAGAAAGAACGGCGGUUCCUCAUGAAGACCCUGGACCACCACGGAGACGACUACCGGAAGGCUGAGCUGAGCGUGCUCCUGGAGGAUGAGCCCGGAGCCCCUUCAGACACGGCCACAGGGUCCCAGGACGACCUCAUCAACGGUUCAUCUCCUGCCUUCCAUCAAGCCCCCGCCUCCAAGAAGAGAAGACAUGCAGCGCCACGCCAAGACAAGGAUCACCAAACUGAAGCAGACAUGUCGGUGCUGGCCGACACACACUUUGGAGAGAUGCCCAGUCCCACGUCGCUGUCACACUGACCCUGCGCUACAUCUGCUCUCUACAGCAGGUAGACUUUUCCUUCUGAUCGUUGAUGUCUCAGGAUGGCAUCACAUAAUUCAAACGGCGCUCCUUAAUGUGUCUGAGAAGUGAUUCUGCUGCCACCUUGUGGCCGUGUCCAGCAGUACACCUUGCGGCUGGCCAUGUUUUGCCUUGCACGAGAGGUUUCGCACGAUUCUGUGAAAACACACAAGUAAUCGUGGUAAAUGUGUUUCUUUCUGGGUUUUUUUUUAUCGUGUUUUGAAAUGUUCCUCUUCAAUAAAGAAACGUUUAGGGAAAAGUA